UGUGAUAGAGAGACAGUGAGGAAUUUACCUUUUGCUUCUAAUCUUAACAUCUCCGCUCAAGGAUACCGUUCAGGACUGACCUCCCUCCUCUCCUCCCUCCUUUCAACUCUCCUCCCUCCUCUUUCCCCGUCUCCUCUGUCAGGUGGAGUAAGAGUAAGCUAUCUCGUCUGGCUCAGAGGUUGAAUCAGAGACCGGGGGAUGCUUUGGUAAAGGACUUCAGACUGCUGUUCUGCACGGGCACCUCACCACGCACCUCUCACAGCCUGGGCAGGAACUAUUCUGUCAGCAUGACUCAACAGAUGCAGAACCUGCAGCUGUCCCAUACCAGGAAGUGCUCGGGAGGCCCUGCCUCCCCCAGCGCCGCCAAGCGCCUCUACCGGAACCUAUCAGAGAAGCUGAAAGGAGGCCACUCCUCCUUCGAGGACGCCUACUUCUUCGGCCGCGGAGAACGCCACGGUCAUCACAAGGGCUCGAACAUGCAGGGUAGUGAGUGUCUGUUUGAGGCGGUGGAGCAGCAGGAUGUAGAUGCCGUCCAGAUCCUUCUCUACCAAUACACAGCUGAGGAGCUGGACCUCAACACGCCCAACAGCCAAGGGUUAACACCGCUAGACGUGGCCGUCAUGACCAACAACACACCCAUAGCCAAACUACUGCUGAAGGCCGGCGGCAAGGAGAGCCCUCACUUUGUCAGUGUGGAGAGUCGCGAGGCCCACCUUAGCAGCCUGGUCAUCGAAGCAGAGAGGAGGGCAGGGGAGCUGGCUGCUCAGGCCCAAAGAGACGGCCUUAGCCUGGAGGCCUGUGACAAGGACAAGCAGCUCCGAGCCUGGGAGUGGAGGUGCAAGCUCUACAAACGCAUGACGACUGGCUUCCAGCAUGCACGUGUGCCAGAGCCCCCGUCUGCAGUGCGUCUCAGUGUAACCAGUAGCUCCUCUCUCACGGUCACAUUCCAGGAGCCCCGCUGCCUCAACUCUGCUGUGAUCACCAAGCACAGAGUGGAGUGGAGCUGUCUAAAGGACUUUUCCAUGCUGGCUGGAGACAUGGUGUUGGAAAACCUACAGACACUCAAGUGUACCAUCAACGGCCUCACCAUGGGGAGGCUGUACUAUGUCCAAGUGUCAGCCUACAACAUGAAGGGUUGGGGUCCACCUCAGUCAACUCUACCCCCCUCUGCUUCACCCUCCAGCUGUAGGGAGAGUGAUGGUCGGGAGCCCAGGAGAAGAGAGCACAUAGGGCAUAUGGAGCGCCUGCUGCAACAGGUCCGCGCUACUCACACACACUACAGCUGUGGAGACACAUCAAAGCUCCAGAACCCAAGCCGUAAGCAGUCCGUCUCCAGAAGUCUCAAGCACCUCUUUAACUCCUCCAACAAGUUUGUCAAGACUCUCAAAAGGGGGGUUUACCUGGCGGCAGUGUUCUACCACAAAGACAGUCUACUGGUGACCACAGAGGACCAGAUCCCUAUAGUGGAGGUGGAUGACUCUUACGGCAGCUCUCUCAUGCAGGACUUCCUAUGGUUCACUAAGUUGUCGUGUAUGUGGGAGGAUGUGCGGUGGCUGAGACAGAGUAUGUCUGUCUCCAUGUCCUCCUCCUCCACACUACAGGCCAGACAGAAGAUGUUGGCUGCCGCUGGGCAACUACAGAGCUUGUUGGGGACACACAACCUGGGGCGUCUCCACUACGAGCCCAUCAAGGAUCGUCAUGGCAAUGUGUUGCUAGUGACUAUCCGGGACAUGGAGAGCCAGUACUCAUUCUUCAGUGGGAAGUGGAUGCAGGUGUCCAAGCUACAAAGCCAGAGGAAGAGUCUGUCCACACCUGAAGAACCCUACGCACUGGACAUACUGCUAAUUACUAUACAGGACAUCUCGGCCUAUCAGAGGCGUAGCCAGCAUCGCCUGACCCCAGGUCUGUACCUGGGUUACCUGAAGCUCAGCAGCUCUGUAGACCAGAUCAGAGUGCUGGUGCCACAGAGGAUGCCCAACAUGUUGUGCCAUGCGCGGGUGCGAGACAACGCCAAUGUCUCCAGGGAGGAGUGGGACUGGCUGCAGAGGCUGUCAAACAUAGAGGAUGGAGAGAAGGAGAGAAUGGAGGGAGUGGAUCAAACGACAGACAGUAACACACCAUUGCUCUACUACGAGCUACAGACUGCCCUCAAGGCCCUGCUGAAACUCAUCAACCUACCUCUGCACCAGGCCAAGCACUUCCGUAUCUACACUCACGAGGUGUUGGAGUUGGGUCAUAAUGUUUCCUUCCUGCUGCUGCUGCCGGCGGCUGACGAUGUGUGUACCGCUCCCGGACAGACCAACCCCUACACACCACACUCCGGCUUCCUCAACCUCCCUCUCCAAAUGUUUGAGCUGGCCCAUUUCAGUGCGUACAAGGAGAAGUGCAUGAGUCUGUACUGUCGCAUGUCGUCUGUCUUGGACCUGGAUGCACUUAUUACCCAGCAGGCCCUGCGAGAGGCCAUCACGGACACGGAGGUCGCCACGGCCAAACAGAGACACCAACAUAUACUAGACUAUACACAGCAGCUGGAUGAGAUGUGGCAGGAGCUGCGUUGGAUCACUGAUGCCCUGCAGUAUGCCCGCUACAAGCAUCCCAGUGGCGGUGUGCCCAUCACCAGCCUGGUCAAUGCCAGCAAGCCUGAGUCAGACCAGGGGGCACAGAAGAGUGACUCAGCAUCCUCUACCAUGGACUACCUACCCACACCAUCACCCUCACCUGAGCUACGACCCAGGAAGGAUGCUAGUGACUCCCAACUGGGGUCAGAUGAGGACGGUUGUUCAGAGGUGUUCCUGCCAACAGACAGCGACUAUGACUCCAGCGAGGCCUUGUCCCCCCGUGAGCUGGACCUGCUCUACUCUUCCCAACAGGACCUAUCCCAACAGGCUGUGCACGCCCUGGGAGGCAGCGCUCCCGACGUACUGCAGAUACACGAACUAAGGUACAGCAUCUGCCAUCCCAAAGACCUCCCUCUCUCCCCCGCCUUCCCCCUCUCCCCAGGCCCACUCCUCUCCCCCGCCUUCCCCCUAUCCUCAGCCCCACCCUUCUCCCCUGCCCUCAUUCUCCCCGAGACCACCCUUUCUUGCACCAAAAUCCUGGAGGGUCUCUCCCUCUCCAAGACAACCCAGGACCAGCACUCCUCCACCCCCCUGUGGCCCCUAGCCAACCCCCCAACCAAGCGGAAGCUGUUGUCCAGAAGCCACGGGGCCGCUGGGCCCCAGCACUGGUUGAAGAGCCACAGCGACAGCCACACUGGGUCCCUGUCUGAGGGGGUCUAUACCAGGCAGAAGGAACCAGACCUGCCCCUGGAUCUCCCAUCCCCUCAGGGGGAGACAUACGUUAGUCAUGCUUCCUGUGUCCUGGAGGGCAGUAGGGCAGGGCAGAGGGAGCCCAGGCCCCAUGUCAGGAGGAUCUUUGUGGAACCGUGUAAGGAAACAUCGCUUGAGAACAGGGGCUGGGGAGAGGAGGAGAGAGGGAUGGAGGGACGGGGGGAGAGAGGGGCAGGGGUGAUGGUGGUUGUCACAGAGGAGGGGUCAGGAGAGGAGGCAUAUGAAGGAGCAACAGCCCAGGAUGUUGACUCAGACGACCAAACAAACACACAGGUGUCAGAGAUCCUCAGCAGCACGCUCUAGGAUUGGAUGACAAUCAGUAACACGCUCUAGGAUUGGAUGAUAAUCAGUAACACGCUCUAGGAUUGGAUGAUAAUCAGUAACACGCUCUAGGAUUGGAUGAUAAUCAGUAACACGCUCUAGGAUUGGAUGAUAAUCAGUAACACGCUCUAGGAUUGGAUGAUAAUCAGUAAAACGUUCUAGGAUUGGAUGAUAAUCAGUAACACGCUCUAGGGAUUGGAUGAUAAUCAGUAACACGCUCUAGGAUUGGAUGAUAAUCAGUAACACGUUCUAGGAUUGGAUGAUAAUCAGUAACACGUUCUAGGAUUGGAUGAUAAUCAGUAACACGCUCUAGGGAUUGGAUGAUAAUCAGUAACACGCUCUAGGAUUGGAUGAUGGUUUGGCAUGGUGCUCCAGGGUCUGGUUGCACCAGUUGGUCAUAACAAAAGUAAUGCACGUUCAUGACAUUUGAUGCUUCAAAAUGAUGGUUGCUGUUCCCAUCCUCGUGGUGGUUUUAAAACUUACCUUCACUUCGCAAAGCCCACCACUAUGCACGUUUUCUUAACCAGAACGGGUUGGAUCCAUAAAGAAUCACUGUGGGAAUAGAUAUCACACAUUUAGCAUGUCAUAAUGUAACAUAAAUCAAGUGUAUUAUUUUGCUGUUGACUCACGCUUAGGCAACUCCAAAAGCCUGCGCAGGUUGUAAAAUAUGAACACGAGACUCAUAUCCUUUUGAAAAUAUAGAUCGCUAUCAUGAUGACGAGAGUCCAUAUUUAACCCUACGCCUGCUCCCUACUAGAUGUAGAGUCUAUGCCCAGUCGUAGCUCAUAGAAGGGCUUACGACCAGGUGGUGCAACAGGUAUCAUUUUUAGAGCCGGCGUAGAGUGCGUUUUACGUCGGGUGUAGAGUAACGAUCCACUUACAACCCGGUGCAACCGGCCCCAGGAUUGGACGAUGCUCAGGUAAAAAGUCUAGCAUUGGCCCAUGUUCAGUAACACACUCUAGCAUUUGACAGUGGUUCAGUAACGACCUCCAGGAUUGGACGACGGCUCAGCAACAUGUUCUUGGAGUGAACGAUACUGAGUGACAAGCUUUUGAACGAUUGGACAAUGGAUAAUUGAUGACAUUUGGAUGGAGCACUAUCGUUGUGGAACGUUGCAUACGAAACGUAUCCCUCCACGGUGUAUCCAAACUGCCACCAAUGCACCUUUCCCUGUCUGUUUCUGCCUCUGUGUGUGUUUGUGUGGGCCUCGUUCCUUCUUUCAUCGCUUUCUCUCUGUCCUUCAUAUAACUGUGGACAGGCAUGCUGAACUGACUCUGAGCUCGUGGACGUGUGUAGCUCACAGACGGGACAAUCCUUGCUCUCUCUGUACGAUGUACUAGAGACUCAAGUUGCUGGCCAACUGUCUGAACUGUAGAACUCAGAACCAAGCCAAGGCUCCAACUGUUAUGACCUAUAACCAAUGCAACACGAACUAAAGCACUGCUUUACCUUUGCACUUGAAUCUGUGUUGAUGGCCGCGAGAUCUCGGAGUUGCUAUUUCAAUUGAUGGGUAUUCGUGGUACAUUUGUCGAUGUACAUAUUAGAUACAAGCCUUGUGUUUCUCUACACAGCAAAUUGGCCAGUGUUAACUAGUGUUGCUUUUUCAGUGUAGCGUUUCCAGUGUUGAUUCAGGAGUUAAAUAUAGCACUGUAAAUAUUUAAAGAACCACAGUGUUGGUGUUAAUAACCAGAGUUAAACCAAAACCUCUGCCAUCAUUAUCAUAUUUCCCAGCAUGCUCUAUUGCAGGUUGAAUUUUAGAAUUGUUUGUUUAAAUAUCUAUGUUUUUUUUUUGCAUGCACAUUGAUUAAUUGAUGUUAUUCUACUUAAAGGGCUCAGUGCAGUCCAAAAUGUGAUUUUCCAGUAUUUUAUAUAUAUAUUUCCACACUAUGAGGAUGGAAUACUACUGUGAAAUUGUGAAAAUUAUGAAAAUGCCCUUUUAGUGUAAGAGCUGUUUGAAAAGACGCCUGAAAUUUCAGCCUGUUUUAGUGGUAUGGGGCUGUAAAUGAGCUAAUAGACCAAUAAGAGAGUUCCAAACUACCUUGUCAAUAAUGUCUAGUUUUCCCCUCCCCCACUCAGACCCCUCCCAGACAGUCCUGGCUAGAAGCUAUUUUUAUUUUAUUUUUGACAAUUUUAAUUGAAAACAAUCACAGUAAGAUACUUAACUGUUACCCAGAAAUGAUUUGAUGUUGAGAUAAAAACUGCUGCAUCGGACCUUAUAAAAUAUAAAUAACAUCCAUUUUUCUGAAAUAAUCUAAUCUGUUACUUGGACUUAAUGCACCCUUUACUGAAAUGGCCGUUCCAGUUUAGAUGGGUUAGGUAGUCUGAUAUUUUAGUAUUCCCAACCCUGGAAGUCUUGGGUGAAAAAAUGUAAACUAAAUUGGAUAUUCCUGUGGCUGCAUUCCAAUAGGAAUUACACAUCACUUUGCAAACCAGCAAAAUGUGACUUGCAGGCCUGAUAUGGAGUUUCAGGCCACUGUAUGAGGGUAAAACUAGGCCCUCAAAGGCCUUAAGAAAUAUUUAUUUUAUUGUCUUAUAUAAUUACAUUAUAUGAUAACAUUCGCUUAGGAUCUCACCUGGUGAAGAUCACAGGACUGAAAAUGCAACAACCAUGUCUCUGUCACUAACAAAUACAGUCAUGAGUGGCAACUCUACAAUAUAAUCAAAAGGCAAGGCACUCUGGGAAAUAUGCAAAUAAGACUUCACACUAAGCAAAGCGUUAAUCUAACUCUGAAAAUUGUGGACCUGUACGCUUGAGAAUUUGCUGUGUAGGUGUCUCAGCAUGGACUAUAGGCACCCGCAGUGAAUGUCCUGUCAUGGUUUAAAAGUUGGUUUUCUGUGGUAAUUAAUGUGUCAUUACCAUCAUGCUAAGCUGGUUCUUUUGUGGUUCUGUUACAACAAAAAAGUCAACCGGAGUCUCAUUUGGAAUGACAGUGACAUUCUUCAUACACAAAAACAGUCACGUUUCAUAUCUUUCUCAGACUAACAACAUCACCAGCAUUUAAUAUCAAAUCAAAUUGGAUUUUGUCACGUGCUUCGUAAACAACCGGUGUAGACUAACAGUGAAAUGCAGAGAGAAAAAUAUAUAAAAAUACACACCGAGUAGUGAUGAUAACUUGGCUAUAUGCAUGGGGUACCAGUACCGAGUCCACAUGCAGGGGUAGGAGAUCAUUUGGGUAGAUAUGUACGUAUUCAGACCACACUAUGUUUUCAACAUUUUGUUAAAUUACUGCCUUAUUCUAAAAUUGAUUUAAUACGUAUUUCCUCAUCAAUCUACACACAAUACCUCAUAAUGACAAAGUAAA